UGUACUUCUUCACGAGCUGCUUCCUCUUCUUGGUCUGGUAAAGUUAGUGAAGAUGAUGGACGCACUGUCGGUGGUGAGUCAGCUUCGGGACCUCGCCUCUGAGCCGCAGAACCGAGAGGUGAUAGUCCAGGAUGAAGGUUGCCUACCAGGGCUGGUUCUUUUCCUGGACCACAAGAAUCCAGAGGUGCUGCUCGCAACUCUACAUACUCUGCGCUACUUGGCUGAGUUGUCCCCCAACAUCCCCAUCAUGAAGAAUGAACUUGGUAUGAUGGUGAGCCUGGAGAAUCUAAUGGCGAGGGAGGGUGUGUCUGUUGAUAUCACAGCCUUGGCGCGGGAGGUGUAUGACAUUCUGUGUGCACCUCCUAUUCCUGUACACCGCACACCUGAGAGGGAGAGGACAAAGAAAUCACAGUUCUUUCUUAACUCCUCCAAUAAGAAGGCCAAGUCUGUCACUCUGCACAUCCAGGGGCUGGACAGCACUGACCAGCGAGGCUUGUGUGAGGAGGCUCUUCUGAAGGUCAGGGGAGUGAUCAGCUUUACUUUCCAGAUGGCCUCCAAGAGAUGCACCGUCCGCAUUCGUUCAGACCUACCCACUGAGACUCUGGCAUCAGCCAUCGCUGCCACUAAGGUGCUGUCAGCCCAACAGGUGGUGAAGAAUGAGGCAGGAGAAGAGGUUUUAAUCCCUCUUACCUCAUCUGGAGUGGAGGUGCAGCAAAACACAGCUAUACCAGACUACCUCCCAGAAGACGAAGAAAGCCCAGAGAGAGACGUGGACCGUGCAAUUUCCCGCACCACAGCCAAGGACGACUCCAACGGGAGCUGGCUCAGUUCUGCUGCCAGUUUCCUCACCAAGACUUUCUACUGGUGAAACUGGAGCUCCUGUGACGCCGAGUGUUGCUAAAAGACUCCUUCUGUGUAUUUUACUGGAGUGGACGUUACCGGCUGGUACUUUACCAGUCAUGGUCAGAACUUCACCAACUUGUCAUUACAUAUUAUCAACAUGUGCAAAAGCACAUGAAUUCUACGUUGAUUAGAACAGGAGGCCACACACUUGGAAAUAUACUGUGGACUUGCGUAAUGCUGUUUCAGUAUUCUCAUGAAAUGUAAAUAUUUUCUUAAUUCAGUUUCCUUUCAGACUUUUCAAACUGUUUUCUCCCUACAUGUAAAAAUAUUUUUUAAGUUCCUCCUCUCUUCUGUUUAUCUGUAUUUCUGCUGUUUGUUGGUAGUAUUGUUUAUUCCAAAGAAAACAUUUACAAAAUAUUUACUGUGCUCCGAUUGUUUCUUCUCAUUCUGUGUUUCGGUAACAACAUGGAGGACACAAUCAU